ACAGCCUUUCCCCCUUCCUUCGAUGCCAACACCGUAUGCGCCGCUUGCUGGCCCGCGCUACGCCCCGGAGGCGGCGCAGCGCGAGCUCGACGACGCAUUCGACUCCGAGGACGAAGGCCAGGACUCGUCCGAAUCCACUCCCUUGACCCGCUCCCUCCCGCCCCGCACCGCCUCCCACGCACAUCCCCCGCUCGACGAAGACGAUGCGUUCCCCUCCCCAGCGCCGACACCUCAGACCGCCCCAGGCGGAUACGACUUUGAGCGGGACUACGACUAUGACUACGCCCGCCCGCCACCAGGUUCUCCCCCAGGCCCCUCUGCACGGGCGCUCCCGAAUGAUAUUGGAAACAGCAACGGCCAGUUGCCGACGGCACCUGUAGAGCCGCCGCGUCCGCGUAUGCCUUUCUGGCGCAAGGCAGUCGGGGCGUUGUUGCCUGAGCACUACGUUAGCGUGCCGACGGAGGCCCCUGGGCACCGAGUCGUAGGUGGGGGCACCGAGAACGACGGAGUGUUUGCGAACGUAAGCGCGAAGCCCUCGAUGCCCAUGAGGAUUACGGAUUUGGACGGGAACACCCACCUGGUCCCGGAGGAGGUGCAGAAAGAGACACCACCGUCAUAUGCCGAGGCCCAGCUCGAUGCAGUACCCCCGUACUGGGAGACCACGGUGCACGCCCCCGCGGCGGCGCUCGACCCGAACGCAUACAUGAUCGUGGACGAGCUCCCCUCCGGCUCCGUUCUCUCCUUCCUCGUCACCGCCUUCGUCUCGUUCUUCUUCCAGUUCGCCGGGUUCGUGCUCACAUACCUCCUGCACACCACGCACGCAGCGAAGUUCGGCUCCCGCGCAGGCCUCGGCCUCACGCUCAUCCAGUACGGUCUCAUCCAGUACGGCGGCUCGUUUGGGCGCAUGCACGGCGGGAUGGGUCCCGGGGAGGAUGGCGCUGCGGAUGGCGAGGGUGCAGGUGCGAUGUCGAUGGCGGACGUGAUCACCAAGUGGAACAGCACACGGUUCACGGACCCCGUGCUUUUGAAUGGUACCGCCGGCCCCUUCGACAUGUCGUCGUUCAACGCCACAGAUCCGAACGCCGUGUUUGAGCUGCAGUUCGCGGUCACCUCCCGCGAUUGGGUUGCACUCAUCCUCAUGACUCUCGGUUGGUUUUUGCUGUUAUCCUCGGCCGUCGGGUUCUACCGCGUGAAGCGAUGGGAGAACGCGAUCCGCGUCGCGUCGCUGCCGCAGGAGCCGCUCACGCCCGAGCAGCGGCGGCACGACGAGCAGGUACGGCGGAACAUCGAGGCCGCGUUCGGCUUCGGGGACCUCGACGUGGACGAGGACGAGCACUCGCGGGAGCUCGAGGAGGAGAACGCGCGGCGGCGCGCGGCGCAGAUGGCGCAGAUGACCGAGGCGGAGCUGCGGGUUACGCGCACGCUCCAGGCCGCGGGGCUGCUGUAGCGCACCGCUGCGUGGGACUAGAAGUUCUAGGGUAUUGUAUGCUGUAAUGCUUUCUCGUUUGGCCCUGGAUGCUUGCGUCGCUGUCGUUGUCGCUCUCUUCUGCGCUCGUGCACUGCUGUUGUGGCGCAGCGUUGGGCAAGGGAAAUUCCGUUCGUUUUUAUUCGCUUGGCAGGCUCCGUGUGCGUCGUCGUAUGCGUCCGUCUCCGUGUAAUUUAUGGUACAGUAUUCGAGUCUGAUUUUUGGUAGU